GAUACUGCUAGCACCCCGGGAUCUUCGUUCAGGCCCUCGUUGCUUGUAUCACCGGCCCCCGCUUCUGCUCUGCUACCUCAGAACAACUCCAGCGGAGUAGGCCUGGAUCUGCAUCGACACGGACGCCGUCGUUAUUGGAGAGAUCGUCCUGCUCUUAAAGAUGGCGACUCCAGCUCACUGCUAUUACUGUUUCGAGUCUCUUGCGGCUUCGUUUGAGGACCGGGAGCCUCCGAGCUUGGCAGCUAUAGAAGAUCUAUGGGAACAACAUGAGCAGGCCCUGGAACUCGCGGCUCUGAAUGGCAAGAAUGGGCUGGGUCAACAGCCUGUAGAAGAUGAGAAUGUGGAUGGAGACAGCGAAGAUCAAGAUGGGCAUACCAAACGGCCUUAUCCGCAGACGUUGCAACUGCCCAGCGUCAGCCGUCUUCAGUCCUCGGACUCAUCGAGUGCAUCCACAACUCCUUCAUCUUUGUCUAUCAGCUCGUCGCGAUCUGACUCUACAGCCGUGACCACCCCGAGCUCCCCAGCGGACGGCCCUGGUUUCAAACGUCCCCGGCUGGAUGAGUCCGCAUAUCCACUGUUCGUGACUUGGAAUACCAUAUCAAAGAGUGGCCACAAGUCAUUACGCGGAUGUAUCGGGACAUUCGAAGCCCACGAGCUUUCUUCCGGUUUGAGAUCUUACGCUCUCACUUCUGCAUUUGAUGAUACCCGCUUCUCUCCCAUUCCGGCGGCUCUCUUGCCAUCACUUUCCUGUUCCUUGACCCUCCUAGGCAGCUUCGAGCCGUGUGAGGAUGCGAUGGACUGGACCCUCGGGGUACACGGACUACGUAUAUCUUUCAUACAUCGCGGAAGACGUUACGGUGCGACAUACCUCCCCGAUGUCGCUGUUGAACAAGGCUGGACCAAAGAGGAGACCGUAGGGAGUCUUAUGCGAAAGGCUGGUUACGAUGGUGGCAGUGGUCUGUCGAGAAGGCUCCUGCGGGGCAGCAGUGCCUCUGGUGCUACAAAGCCCUGGGAGGAAGUCUCCAACUUCAAGGCAGUCAGAUACCAAGGCCUCAAAUCCAGCGCAAGCUACGACGAAUGGCAGGAAUGGAGGAAAUGGGUUAAGUCCCUCAAUGACGGAUCUGAAAAGCUCCUUGAAGCCUAAUCCGAUUCGGAAACUUAUUUAGAUGAGACAUGACUGAUGACGGGGUUUCAACGUUUAAUUUGGAAUUUGGAAUUUGAACUUACUUUGAACUUGUGCGCUGGCUAUGAAUGGAAGACGUAGGAAAGGCAUCGUAUUAUUGAAUACCAAGCUCCAGAGGCUCGCGUGUCAUGAGAUUGUAUACGU